AAUAAUUAAUAGAAGGCUUUCAACACAAGACUCUGAUGUGGCAUCCCAGCUUGCACAUGAAGGUUGUUGAAAGCUCUUAAUCUCAAUAAUGUUUGCUUCAAACAAAAUAAAACAGAACGAUAUUCGUUGACCAACUUUCAUUCAACUACUUCUAGUUCUUGUUGAAAGAAUGUUUUUGCAGUGAUCAUCAAGGACCCAAAUUCAAGAACAAUGGUUGACCCCUCAAAAAGUCAAAAUCACUGGAUGCUAAUCCUUCAGAACAAGCCACAAUCCAUGUGAAAAGAAGCAAUAUUGAGAAGAAUUAUCAUAAAUUUUCAUGUGGGGUUUCAUAUUUCAAGCUUCUUUGAGGAUGUUCUGAUGUUAAUGGAGCAGUGCAAGAACAUGGGAGAAAUUCAAGCAAAAUUGAAUUGUCAGUGUUCAUCAAAUUUGAAAUCCAUGCCACCAAAUUCUCCUUCAUUCAGGAGAUUAACAACAAGAAGAGAAGGCAAGGGUGGUGGUGGUGGUGGCGGUGGCGGCAGCCGCAGUGCACAAUGGUUUCAGAGCAACCGGAUUCUGUUGUGGCUGUUAAUGAUUACCCUUUGGGCUUAUGUUGCAUUUUUUGUUCAGUCUAGGUGGGAAAAUGGAGAUAAAGAAGAUGAGUUCUUAGGGUUUGGAAGCAGGUCAAUUGAUACAAACCCUGAUUCUCAACAGAAUCACCAUCAAGAUUUGAUUGUUGAUGAGAGAAUUAUAAUGUCUUUUGAUGAUGAAAUUGUUGGAAACAAAUUGGGGGUUGGUGAAACAAUGCAUGUAGCUUCUUUGUCCAAGAAAGAAAAUCUUGUUCAAUCUGUUCCCAAAACCAGCUCAAAGAGGAAGAUCAGACGCCGGAGUAAGAGGAAGCGAAAAUCGAGAGGCGAGGGAAUUGGUAUAGAGGAGCAAGAUCCAGAAAUUCCCAAGACUAAUAGUACCUAUGGAUUCCUUGUUGGUCCAUUUGGUUCAAUUGAGGAUAGAAUUCUGCAAUGGAAUCCUGAGAAGCAUUAUUUUGGAAGCUGCAACAGGAAGGGGGAAUUCGCGCGCCUCGUUCGUUCGAAGAGGUUUGUGUUGAUAUUCCAUGAGCUAUCUAUGACUGGAGCACCACUCUCAAUGAUGGAGUUGGGAACAGAACUUUUGAAUUGUGGUGGUGCUGCUGUUUCAGCUGUUGUGCUUAGCAAGAAGGGUGGUUUGAUGCAAGAGCUCACUCGGAGGCGAAUCAAGGUGCUUGAAGACAAAGCCCAAUUAAGCUUCAAGGCAGCAAGGAAUGCUGAUCUUGUCAUUGCUGGAUCAGCUGUCUGUGCAUCAUGGAUUGAACAAUAUAUUGAUCAUUUUCCUGCUGCUGCAAGCCAAGUUGCUUGGUGGAUUAUGGAAAAUCGGCGAGAGUAUUUCGAUCGUUCGAAGCAAGUCUUGCACAGAGUUAACAUGUUGGCCUUCUUAUCCAAAUCACAAUCUAAGCAAUGGCAAAAAUGGUGUGAAGAAGAGAGAGUGAAACUAAGAUCACAGCCUGCAAUUAUUCCACUGUCAGUUAAUGAUGAACUGGCCUUUGUAGCUGGCAUUCCUUCCAUGCCGAACACUCCAUCCUUCAGCGCCGAGAAAAUGGCCGAAAGAAGGAAAUUGUUGAGAGAUUCGGUCCGAAGAGAAAUGGGGCUGAAUGAUAAUGACAUGCUUGUGAUAACUCUGAGUAGCAUCAACACUGGGAAGGGACAGUUUUUGCUUCUUAAAUCAGCAAGCUCAAUAGUGGAACAUGAACCAUCAUUGCAAGAUGAUAAUAAAGAAAUGAAAAGUUCUUCUGAUAUUGGAGACUACCUAUCUUCUCUUGCUAGAACACAUCAUAUUGGAAGAUUAUUGCUGCUGUUGAGGAAGAAUAGCAGUGUAGCAUUCAAUGAUAUCUCAAGCACUUCUAUGAACAGGUUACAUGAACAUACUAUUUUGAACAGAGGAAGAGAAGAUUUAUCCAACAAAAAUGCAUCAAGGGAACAAUCUCUCAAGAUUCUAAUUGGUUCUGUUGGAUCUAAGAGUAACAAGGUGGACUAUGUUAAGGGUAUUCUGCAUUUCUUAUCACAGCAUUCAAACUUGUCAAAGUCUGUUUUGUGGACUCCGGCCACGACACGUGUCGCCUCGCUUUACUCUGCUGCAGAUGUUUAUGUCAUAAAUUCUCAGGGAUUAGGAGAAACAUUUGGAAGGGUAACCAUAGAAGCAAUGGCAUUUGGACUUCCGGUGCUUGGAACAAAUGCAGGGGGAACUCAAGAAAUUGUUGAGCAUAAUGUAACAGGUCUUCUUCACCCCAUUGGACGACCCGGGAUUCGUAUCCUCGCACAGAAUCUCCGGCUUUUACUCGAAAACCGGCCGGCGAGGGAAAGAAUGGGAAGAAAUGGAAGAAGGAAAGUGCAGAGGAUGUACCUUAAACACCACAUGUAUACAAAAUUUGUAGAGGUUCUUGUGAGGUGCAUGAGGAGGACCAAAUAAUUUCUUAGCUUCUUUUUGUUUCUAUGAUCAUCAUAUAUUCUUUCAUUCAAAUAUUUACAUAGUGAUGUGAAUAUAU